AUUCUCGAACUGGACCUCCAAGCUUCCAUCAAGGCGUAUCUUUCUACCUUCAUAACUCUCCGCUUCACGAUCAUUCGAGCUUCGGCCGUGCCCUCCGCCCAAGAUGAUGCACCCGUCGCGGCAGGCCUAUGUAGAGGACGCUCAAAAUGGAGAUCGCGGCAUCAGUCUCGAGGAUCUUCCCACAGAUCACGACUAUGAUAUGCCCUCCGCCUCGGCCGGGAUAGCGCCCGAAAAAGCGAGCGCCAUCUUGUCCCAAUUCGAGCGAAAACGUCGCGCAGCCACCAUUGCGGUACCCACAGACGAUGGUCGCGUACGGGCCCGCCUCCGCGAGCUCGGCGAACCUAUCACACUAUUUGGCGAAGGGCCGGCCGAGCGACGAGACCGACUGCGCGAACUACUGGCAUUGCAGUCAGAGCAAGCGGCAGCUGGAGGAGAGGGAGUCGAUGUGGAAAUGGAAGAUGCCGAAGGCGAGGAUGGGGCCGAGGACCAGGAGGAAGAAUUUUACACACAGGGAACGGAGGAGCUGUUACAGGCGCGCCAGGAGAUCGCGCGGUUCUCGCUACCGAGAGCCAAGAGGCGGCUGGCCGACUUAAAAGAGGAGAGCGGCAUUCAACUACGGACGCAUGUCAAGUUUCGGAAACAUGUGAAGGAACGACUGCAGGGCUUCGAACUGCAAGGCUCACAAACUGCCGGCGAUCGGCAUGUCAGCAUGACGAGGAUAGCGCCCAACGGGGCCAUGGUCGCUGCGGGAAAUUGGGGCGGAAGCAUCAAGCUGAUUGAGAUCCCGACCUUGGAGGAGAAGGGCACGCUGAGGGGCCAUAACAACAAGGUCAGUGGUCUAAGUUGGUACCCUGGGGCGACGGUGCCGGAGAGAGGCGUGAGUGCGGACACGGUCAACUUAGCAUCCGGAGGCGCCGAGGGUCACGUCAAUCUCUGGAGUCUGACCAAAGACACGCCACUUUCAACGCUCCAAGGGCAUGGAGGGCGAGUGUGCAGAGUCGAGUUCCAUCCUUCAGGGCGGUAUUUGGCGAGUGCGAGUGAGGAUACCUCUUGGAGGCUAUGGGAUAUCGAGACGACUACAGAGCUUCUACUCCAAGAAGGUCACUCGAGAGGCGUCUAUGCUGUGGCUUUCAACACAGAUGGCUCUCUGUUGGCAAGUGCGGGCUUGGAUAGCAUUGGAAGGAUAUGGGAUCUACGGUCUGGUAGAACAGUCAUGAUUCUCGAUGGUCACAUGGACGGCCACAUCAAACCAAUCCAUGGACUUGACUGGGGCUCCAAUGGCCACCGAGUCCUGACAGGGUCAGCAGACGGCUGGAUCAAAUGUUGGGAUGUGAGGAAAGUGCAACGAAUAGGAGGCAUCGGAGCACACAGCAGUGCAGUAUCAGAUCUGAGAUGGUACAAGGGCCUGGAUGACCCGGUGGAAGGUACAGUUCAGCCAGAGCUGGAUGAAAAGGGCAAUCGUCUACCCAAGAAGUCGGGUACCUGCUUUGUGUCGAGUGGAUUCGAUAACAAGGUCAACAUUUUCUCAGCAGACGACUGGACUUUGGUGCAGACGCUCCAUGGUCACACAGGCCCAGUGGCAAGCGUAGAUAUCAGCAGGGAUGGGAAGUGGAUUGUCAGUGGAGGCCAUGACAGGACGGUAAAGCUGUGGGGUCGCAACGACGGCCAGGGAUUCUAACCUAGUAUGCGACCUCGUGGCUUGACGUGCAUUGUGUCUCCCAAGUUCAGAUACCCAAAUAGAGGAAACAAGAAGACC